UAAAAAUACAAAUAAAAAAUAAUAACAAUCUGAACCUAGAGCUAGGGCUGAAAGUCGCGUGGAAGUCGCAGACGAACAGCCUCCGGACACCUCCGUUGCCUGACUCUGAAACUUCCGGCGGGGCACUAUACCAGUUGAGAGGUUGAUAUCACUCAACUCGCCAGAGUCAAGCGAGUGACGGCCGAUGCUAUGAUUAUCGGGUGAAGGCCGCUUGGCUUAAUGGAGACCUCAACAAAUGAAAAUUCGCAGCACACAACUGUUUCUCCCAAUGACAUCAAUCACGACCAUGAUAUUUUGAUUUCUAAUCUCUCGAAUCAUGGAGGUGGGGAAUCCAAUGAUGGGUUUGCGGAAGAAGAAAUAAGAGGCAUACUUGAAGUUAUUGCAGCCACUGGGAAAUUCUGGCAUAAUUGGGACAAAUUGAAGAACAUGCUAUCCUUUCAUCUAAAACAGGUCCUCUCAGAGUAUCCAGAGGCAAAGAUGGCUAGUGACCAACAAAUUUCUUCAUUGGGGGAGACUUUCCCAGAGUUGGUGAAAAGGUUGGAUGAUGCCCUUUAUAGCUUUGUUGAAGGUCCUCCAUUUACCCUACAGAGGCUUUGUGAGAUCCUGUUGACUGCACAAAACAUUUAUCCAAAUCUUUCAAAGCUUGCUCUAGCACUAGAGAAGAAUUUGUUGGUGACAUCUACGUUGACGAUCUCUCCUGAUCCAUAUCCACCAACAAUGCAAAAAUCGGAUGUUCCGGACGAAGGAUGCAAGGAGCCUCAGUUGCAGCAAUCUAAUGCCUUACAAAAUGGUGUCGAACCUAUGGUAGGAGAUACGGAUGAAAUAAUGAGUGAGGUGGAGGUGGAGGUGGCUGAUGUUAAUGAUGAUAUGGCCUUUGAUUUGGAAGCCUUAGAAGAAACAGUUGGAUCAUCAGAAACAAAUUCCGCGCCAGCCAAUCAUUCUUAGCCUUCUGAUGAAUGUUUUGAAUCUGUCAAGUAACAGAUUACGAAAUUGUCUCUCUAUGUUCAAAUCAAAUGCAAGGUAAAGCUUUUGAAAGGCAAUAGGAGAGUGCAUAGAUUGGUGUCACAAAAUCAAAGAUAGACCUAUUAACACAGCCUUGGUGCUGUACUUAUGCCACUGCCAGUGUAACUAUUUUGUUUCUUGCCUUUCCAAGAUUUGGUUCUUAUUUUUAGUGAA